GAAGAAGGCGGAAGUUAGCAACGCUGCUGCAAAAAACAGGAGACACACGGCGAACAUAACAGAGUUAAAACAUUGAAAAUGUUGAAAGAGCGGCUGAUGAAAUAUUGGCGCUAUUCGAAAGAACGAUAGCGUCGUACGAGGAGGAACUUUCUCGGACGAGAGAGGAGAACAAGCGACAUCAACAAAUGGAAGGUAUGCGCGAAACUCAUACUGUGCGACAUGUUGAAUCUAUGUUUACACGUUUUACUUUCCGGUGUACGUUUACGGAGACGAAAUCACGAAUUAAAAUGUUAAAAUCGCGUUACUGUACUUAGAUUGCAAUAUUCGCGACUUGUGUGGGGGGGGGGCGCGCUUUAAGGCGUGGUGCCUGGGAAGUGACAUGUGCGACGUCACGAGCAAGACUCGGAACAGUGUUUUAGCUCUGUGCUAGCUGGGGAGUUGUGUGUGUGUGUGUGUGUGUGUGUGAGUGUGUGAGUGUUUGGGGGGGACUGGUGUGGGUUGUGGCCACGUUCCUUGCAUUGUGUUUUCGACUGUUAAAUAAAGCGAUUGAAGUGACGCGACGCGAAUCUCUCAUUCACCACAACGUUCUAACAUAGCCCAAGAUGGCGGCAACGGCCACGUCAACACUUUUGGUUGAACGAGGACGGCGAACAAGAUGGCGGACUGAGCGGCUGUGGCGGCUUUUUGGAAGUCUCAAAUUUUAUUUAUGCAUUAUAAUUAGGGCUGACAUAAUUAACGCGUUAACAGCGGGAAGUGGUUUAUUUUAUUAAUUAUGGUAGCGUUUUUGUGUAAUUAACGGCAAGCCACACCACUCUGUUCUGUCUCGAAAUCACUGAUUUCGUUUCCGAUUCGAUACAGAGUAAAAUUCAGACUGCUUUAGGCAAAUUCACCUAAUGAGUCGGGUAAAUUUUACAAAGUAGUGUAUUGCAUAUCAGUACGAAAAUACUGGACAAUUAAUUGAUUGAAUGAAUGCAUUUAAAUCAAUUAAUAAAAUGGCAUCUUAAAUAAUAAAAGGGAAAAUAAGUCAAAUAACACCAUUACAAUAAAUCUACAACUUUUUGCUAAUCAUUUUGUGGUUAAAAAUCAUUUCUCCCAAGAGUGAUAUCAGAGCCGGGGAAGAAUGUGUAUUCACGUAAAAAAAAGGUUUCAACGCCGUCGCCAGGUGGCAGCAGUGCAACGUCAUGGAUGCUUAGCAGCCGUAAAUCUUCGAAGAAGAAAAAGGCAGGCGCUAGCAAAGGGAGCUGCAAAAAACACGAGACAAAGGUGGGAAAUAAUGGGGAUUAGAACAUUUAAAAUGCUGAAAGAGCUGAUCAGGGAGCGACUGAUGGAGGCGGCCGAUGAAAUAUUGGUGCGGUUUGAAAGAACGGUGGCGUCGUACGAAGAGGAACUUUCUCGCACGAGAGUGGAGAACGAGCGACUACGUCAACAGCUGGAAGCUGUUAGCAAGACUCAGACUGUGCAACACGUCGAAGACGACCGGCAGCCGAUUGGCCAUGAGGAAGAUUGCCCCCCUCCUCGGCCGCAGGGGGGGGACUACGCUUUGAAGCAGGGGGAUCCCCAGCUUCCCCCCCACGUUAAAGAGGAAGAGAAUCCCCAGCCCCUCCACAUAAAAGAGGAAGAGGAGGAACUCUGGAUCAAGUUGCCACUGACUGUUGUCUCUGUGAAGACCGAAGACCAUGAUGACGACCCACCUGAGUCCUCACAGCAGACCAGAGGGGCGGUGCCUCCAAGCAGCAGCAGCUCACCGCGACACAUGAUCACAGAAGCUGAUGGAGACCACUGGGAUGAACCACAAGCACACAGCCUCUUAGCUCCGCUAUCAGAUAGUGACGACAUAACGUCACACUCUGCUGAGGAUGAAGACAGGGACAACAACCAAGAAGCUUCAAGCAGCGAUACAGACUGUGAAGGUGAUAUCAGGACUUACGGUGACAACAAACACUCUGAACGUAAUACAGGAACAAAGGAUUUGGUCUGCUCGGUUUGUGAUAAAAGCUUUUCAAAAAGGCGCAAUUUGACUCGACACGCGAGGACGCACACAGAAAAAAAACCUUUCUGUUGCUCAAUUUGCGGCGACGCAUUUGCUCAGCGGGCCUAUCUGAAUAGUCACAUGAGGACACACACGGGAGAAAAACCUUUUAGCUGCUCAGUUUGUGGCGAUAAGUUUGUGCAGCGGUACUCUUUGAAUAGACACAUGAGAACGCACACAGGAGAGAAACCUUUUUGUUGCUCAAUCUGUGGCGAUAAGUUUGUGCAGAGCUCCUCUUUGAACAGACACAUGAGGACACACACCGGAGAAAAAAAUUUCAUUUGCUCAGUUUGUGGUGAUACAUUUGUGCAGCGGUACACUUUGAAUAGACACAUGAGAACGCACACGGGAGAGAAACCUUUUUGUUGUUCAAUCUGUGGCGAUAAAUUUUUGCGGGGCUCCUCUCUGAAUAGACACAUGAGGACGCACACGGGAGAAAAACCUUUCAGUUGCUCAGUUUGCGCAGACAAAUUUGCUCAUCGGGUCAGUUUGAACGCACACAUGAGGACGCACACGGGAGAAAAACCCUUUAGUUGUUCAUUUUGUGGCAAAAGCUUUUCUUGCAAGGGUAAUAUGAACGUGCACAUGACAAUGCACACAGGGGAAAAACCCUUUUGUUGCUCAUUUUGUGGUAAAAGCUUUACUUGUAAGAUUCACAUGCAUGUGCACAUGAGAACGCACACACUGGAAAAGCCUUUUAGUUGUUCAGUUUGUGGUAAAAGGUAUUCUCAUAAGAAAGAUGUGACAGCACACAUGUUGACACACAACAGAGAAUAAACGUUCUUCUGUCCACUCUGUGCUAAAGGAUUGUCAAAUCAUUCGGGUGUCAUGUGCUGUGUGAGAAGUCACCUAGAAGGUGAUGAUGUGUUGUGUGUAUGAUACCAGAUUCCCUCGCGUGUGCUGCUAAGAAGAGAAGCUACACGACUUUUGACAACUCUGCAGCAAAUAAAUGUUGACUUUCUAAUAACCUCAGACAGCCUGACUGAUUGAGGGCAACGUGCAUGAUGGAGUUUUCUUCACCUGACUUUUUGUGGACAACAAAAAUGUACAUCAUUGACCAUAAAAAUGAGUUUGUUGUGAACAUUUCAUAUGUUCAUUAAAUAAAACAGAAGUAAGAACUACACACAUUCCUUUGCGAUAAAGACGACGUUAAACGCAACCUCUUUGUAUCUCUUUCCGUCUGCCUCGGCGCACAUCUUGUGCAGUCUUCACUACAGCCGCGAGGUGGCAGCAGCGUGGCGUCAUGGAUGCUAAGCAGCCGUAAAGUCUCCAUGGAAGAGAAAAAGGCGGAAGUUGGUGUGGGUGCUGCAAAAACCACUGAACUCUAUACAGCAGUACCUCACAUAACAUAAACCUCCUUUUACAUAAAUUCCACUGAACAUAAGGAAUUUAUGUCAAGUUUUGGCUUCGUAUUACAGAAGAAAGUCCAUAUAACAAAGCGUCAAGUCAGUGCAAGUCUUUUUUCUUCAGUCAGUGCAAGUCUUUUUUCUUCAAUCAACUCUAUUAAUGCCUCAAGUCGUGCAAGAUCAGACUAACACUUGGUGACGCCUUCGGACGCAUCACGCUCUCAUUGGCUGAUUUUCGGGGCACCGCCUCCGCUCUCAUCUCUUUGGCUGAUUAUCGGCUGAGUUAUGCAGCACGUACGUGAGUUUGUGAGAGACAGGCUUGUCCCUUCAAACUCCUUCCUCUUCGUAGUCCCCCUGAAACUAACUUAAACAAGUUAAGUUACAAAUUAAAAUUUUGCACACAGCAUUAUCGUGGAGUGCGUGUGCGUUUGUCUGUGAGACCAGCUGACUCUUAGACUCUUUAAGGCUCGUCCUCCUCCUCCUUCCUGCCUCCACUUGCGCUCCUGAUCAAGACAUCUCGUGAACGGUAAGAUUGUUUUUGUUUUUCAGUUUUAUUCAUUUACAGUAAUCUUAUUUAUCUCUUUAUUAAUCUUAUUUUAUAUUGGAAUGUUACUCUACUAUGUUUAUGCUAACGUUUUCUUAUAUUUUUCCACCAUAUUUGGUGGACUUUGAAUAUUUUGAAGGGCCAAAGGGGUGAGUUUGGGAAGAUCUUGGAACAGAUUAGGCUAUUUACAUGUAUUUUACGCUUCGUAUAACAUAAAAACCCUAUAACAUAAAGGUUCUCGGAACAGAUUAUUUACGUUGUAGGGGCGUCCCUGCUGACCGCAUGAAGCCAUUGGUCGGCCAUCUUGCUUCACCCAAAAAAGCACACACACGCAUACACAUACAUGUAAAUUCAUUCACUACAUUUAUUAUGGUUCGGUAUAAAAAUUAACACGAAUGAACAAAAAUUCCAUUGAAACAGAGUAAAUUUACUAGACCCAAAUCUCAAAAUUUCCCUCCAGUUUAAGGUUUUUCUACCUCUAUGGUGUAAAAUUACAAUGCAUAACAAGUCAAUUUCAGUGUUCACAAGUUAUUUGUUAUGAUAAGGAUCUACGUAGUAUCAAAGUUAAAUGCUAGCAUACCUUUAGAAGGUGAUCAGGAAAGUCAAAUAUUGUUGGAACUGCCGGUCCUGUCCAAGUUCUCCUCGGUGAAAUGACUUGAACAGAGUUGCGAUCUGGCUGCAGGAAUCCACCUGUCUCUCCGCAUAUUUACUACCCAUUGCUUUAGAAGUUGAGCAUUGCAGUGUGGAAAUCUAAAGGAGAAUAAGGGCUCAUUUACAACUACAGUCAAACCUGUCUUAGCGGCCACCUUUAUAGAAGGGCCACCUGCCUAUAGCAGCCACUGAAAAAUCCCCCACAGCAAAUUUACAUGUUAUAGACCCUGUGUAUAGCAGUCACCUGUCCAACGCAGCCAGCAGCCACCCAUUUUGUCUCCCUUGGUCAAUAUCUGACCUGCAUAUAGCAGCCAAAUUACCAACUCAAGUAGAAGUUUCAUGCACGAAAAAGUUUUGUUUUUAAAUCCAUGAAGCCGUCGUGUGUAGACUUUAAUUACUGAGUCCUAGCUCAGUCACAAUCAUUCACAAGAUCCACACAAACUGUCAGUUGUUCCACAUAAAAAAGCCGUCUUCUUUUGAGCUUGCUAUUUCCUGGUCAAACAUGUAACUUUAAGAGCAUUUGCACCAAAACAUUACCGCAAAGUAGGCUGGGAACAGGACGUGCUCCCAGCGACGCUACAAUAAAAAAAAAAACAUAUGCUAGCAUGCAUGCGGGAGCAAAACUGAGUUUGGUUGUACUUAACUGAAGUAUUUUAUCAGUUAUCAGUUAUUAUUAAGCCUGUAGCUUCCUUUUAGUAAGUAAAAACCUUGGCUAUGAUUGCACUACAUUGUCAUGUAGACCUACAAAGUACACUUGAAAGAACAAGAGGUGAAUAAAUGUAUUGCAACUGAUGUGAAACUGAUGAGGGGUAGGAUUAAAUAAGCUUUGCUUCUUCCUACUCCUUUUUGGACAUGUAAAAUUGUGAAUUGUACUAUGUGAUGUGCUACUGUUUGACUCAUGCAUGUUCAGGAUUAAAACCAUGAACCAUGAUAAUAACAAGCCUACUAGUGCGGUACAACUUUUAUCAGCAGUCCGCUGUGCCCUCUACUGGUCAACAUUAUUAUUAUUUUUUUCCCCUUUUUUCCUCUACUGGUCAACGUUCAAACUGGGCGCCAACCUGUCUAUAGAGGCCACCUGUCUAUAGCGGCCACUUUUGCAGACUCCCUCUAGUGGCCACUAUAGACAAGUUUGACUGUACUUAGAUGAAAAGAUGCUUACAGAUUUAAAGUAUCUAUUUUUAUUAUUUAUAAGCAUUUACCUACCUGUGAAAUGUAAGUCCCUUCUCGUGAUUUUCACGAGUAUCACGAUUUGUGCAAUUAAUAGCAGCACAAGACGGCAUCUCCAACUCCUCUUAGUUGUUCGGCUUUCUUGUUUUGGGUGAAACAACAUGGCGACUUCUAUACUUCCGGUGGCUUCAAGCCUCCAACGCGCAGCAAGCGAUCGGGGCCAUUCCAGUUAUAGAGUUCAGUGGCAAAAACACGAGACAAAUUGGGGGAAAUAAUCGAGUUUAAACCAUUUAAAUGUUGAAAGAGUUGAUCAGGGAGCGACUGAUGGCGGCAGUUUGAAAGAACGACGGCGUCGUGCUACAAGAACAUUUCUCGAACAAGGGAGGAGGAGGAGCGCCAUCGAUAACAACUGAAAACGGUUUGCAAGACUGAAAUUGUGCUCCCCAUCGAAGGUAUGGUUACAUGCUCUACUUUUAACACACUUUCUCUCGCAAAUAUACGGAAAAGUAUCGUCAAUACAAAAUCCACAAUGGCGGCCACUGUACAGGUACAUUUACGAGUUAAAAAUUAGAAUCGCGUUCCGUGUUUUCAUGUGAAAUAGUGAUGUGCCGGUCGUGAAUCGGCUGAAACAGCCGGCUAGCUUCGUUGGGAGCCGAUUUGUUUUUUCCUCGUCUUUUUUCUGUUAAAAGGCUAAUGUGAUUGGUCAAAAUUUUUGGCGGCGUCUCUGUGUCCAAACUGAGCAGGGGGAGGGGCGUCGUUAAACACACACUGUGGUGCUCUUAGAGCCGAUUCAUUUGUGAAAAAUUUGAGAUUUGACCUAUUUUGACUUAAUUUGUCUGUUGAGAUCGGUCUUUGUUUUGGUAUUUUAUUUAUAACAUUGUAAUAUAUUUUUGUGGCUGCUCAUUCAGGUUUAAAUAAGUCAAUUUACAUAAUUCACAUUUAAGACAACAAAAA